AUGUCUUCUCAUGAGUACCUUGAUUUGUGCGACGAGAUUCGCAAUUUGUUUUUGAAACAUCUAGAGCGCAAAGAUAGUGUGAACCUACGAUUCGCCACCCGCGAGACACCGAAAGGUGUCUUGAGCCCGCACUAUCUCCGCCUCUUCUUCCGCAGCCUGAUCGGCGAGGAGGCACCCCAAGGCCGCCAAUUCACCAUUACAGAGGACCAAUUCAUUGCAAGUGUCCAGCAUAGAGAACUACACAACUUUCUGGCCAUCAUCGCGUUCGCUGGCUGUCGUAUUGAGGCAGCUAGAAACUUCACAGAGAAGCUAGCUGGCGUUCCCGAGUGGCCGCCGCCCGAAGGAGGGAUCUCUAGGCGCGUAUGUUUGCUACCGACCGACCUUCAAAGCUUGACAGAGUUCUUCGACGGGGAUGAAGCGACGGCGGACAAGUUCUACGGAUCACAGGCUCCAUUUUGUACUGUGGUGCUUCGGCAACGAGAGGAGACUACGAUACAUGGCGAUACCCAGCGUCUCCCGUACGUGGAAGAAGAGCUGCUGGGCUCAGGCGCUUUUGGCAGAGUUUACAAAGUGAAGAUUGCCAAGGGGCAUUUCGAAGAUCGUCGCAGAAAUGACAGCAGGGAACGAUGGGUGGCUCGGAAAGACUACAUCACCAGGUCGUCCUCAGAUUCCAAUGUCGAGUCCAGGGAAGAAGGAGAGAUCAUGAAGAUGAUUCUCAGCUUGUCAAAGACCUGCGAGAAUAUCUUAGAGAAUCUCGGGACCUUGAACAUUGAGUAUCCCACGGGCGCCAGCCCGGCACCGUACAGUCUCUUCAUGCCGCUAGCGGUCUGCGAUCUGGGAGCAUACAUGAAAAAGGACGGCUCAAACGCGCCAAAGACGGCGAACAACCGGGCUGGCUUCAUACGGUCUGCGAUCGGUCUCGCCAACGGCCUCAAAUUCCUUCACGAAGAGAUGCAGUCCCCCGGCCUCGAGCGGAUCGUCUGCUAUCACAUGGAUCUGAAGCCGAGCAACGUCCUCAUUUUCCGAGAAACCGUCACGAGCGCCGAUGGGAUCGAGAUUCGCUACAUUUGGAAGUUGAGCGACUUUGGCAUGUCGAGGGUCAAGAUUCGGCACCAGACCAGCCACGAGGAAGAGAGAGAUAUCGCCAAGUGGUUCACGAAGCGACGCGAUUGGCAGCAGAGGACCAUGUCCGGGACCCAGAACCGGCGCGGGCAGGGGACGUACUUACCCCCGGAAUCGUUCCGUGAGGGGAAAGUCAUGAAUACGAGGAGCGAUGUGUGGUCGCUGGGCUGCGUGCUCAGCGUCCUCUUUGUGUAUCUCGAGGGCGGGAAGAGUGCGAUUGACAAUUACGAGACGAACCGACUCAAAUACCGCAGAGGUAUCGACGCUAGCUACGACGUCUUCUUCCACGUCUGGUCACUGGGGUUCUUUUCCGUGAAUACUUUACACUCGGCUGUCAAGACGACUCACAGGCAACUCAUUCGCAAGGCUGCGGCGAGAAGCGUUAAGGAACACGAAGCAGUCCGGACCAUGCUAAAUUUUCUCGAGUCCAAAGUUUUGAAGAUCAGUCAGAACAAGAGGUGCAGUGCAAAGGAGGUCGAGAACAUGCUUCGACGCACGCUCGACGCGUACGAGGAGAUUGAUCGGCUCGAAUCUUCACAGGAAACUCUGAAACAACUAACACUGCCCAGGCCCAAAUCUUCCACGGAACAGAGUGUGCAACAGUGGCGCAUACCAAGAGGGAGAUACGAUGUAUUCAAGGGCUGUAAGGUAUCACCAGACGGCAGUAUAAUUGCGUACUGGAGCGACAGCGACAUUUCACUGUUUGCCUCAAGCUCUACCCCGAACGCAGAGGGAGACUUCCUGGAAAACAUCGGGGGACGUUCCUUGGAGUUAUUGGGAUCGACGAGCCGGUUCUGGAAAGCUGUUUGCCUAACCAACAACUAUCUGAUUGCCACGACCACGGGGAAUAUCUUCAACUGUUACAUAUUUAAAAUAGGACAAGGAGCUGGAGCCGACUCCAGCCCCAAGAACCAUUGGCACAUUCGGCUUCCAACAGUUCCGGAAGUCUACAUCAUGGCGAUGUCAACCGAUCAACAGAGUUUGGUCUUCGUGGUAGAAAAUCAGGAAGACGAGAGCCUUUCGGGAUCCAUCUUCCAUGUGAGAAUCGAGGAUUUGAUAGAAAUGGGAUCUACUUCAGAGGGAAAUGAAACAGAACAGAGCGGCAGGAAUUUGUUGGACCGCUUCAUCGCAUUCGACUGGCCUGCUGAAGACGUGAUGUCGUUAUCGCUCACCAGCCAGAACCGAUGCUACGCUGCGAUCCGUCCGUAUCUGGAAGAAAACGGCUUAUAUCGCAUCCCGGUCGUUUCAUACUCCCUCGAAACCCAGGAUUAUGAGGAAGUGUUUCUCGAGCCGCGAGAUCAAGAGAGCAAGGGCUCAAGUCUCUUCACUACGUUUGCGGGAUUACACCAACAGGCCGCUUGUGUCAUCGUAUCUCGAGAAUCCCAACUAUUCACCGUCGAUCCUCAUGCGAAUACAUCCCACGUACAGGCGAGACGAUCUCGGUACCCCAAGAUCAUCGAGAAUUACCGCCUUCUCAGAGUCAUGAUCGAUCCAAGCGACGACACGAUCUUCGCCCUCGGGAGCAGAGCAGAUGGUGGUUGUAUACUUGUACUCGAGAUUGCAAGACCGGAGACGAGGGAUCCGGUGGUCAUUCGCGAAUUGGCACAAUUACCUGGCCUAUCCGAGAACGACGAGUUCACCGGCACCAUAGUCGGCAAUGAUGGCAACCGCCAUAUUCUAAUCACUGCACUUGUAGGGGCCAACCGGCACGCUGUAUUCAAGAUUGAUCUCUCUGGGAGACUCCCAGAUACGCUGCCCGGUCCUCCAACAUCUGAUCAAACCGGUAGAUCGUCCAGCUCGACGUCCUUGUUGUGCUGUUUCCGAUAAAACAGGCCCCGCCAGCUCAGGGCUCUCAACCCUGAUACCUUUGCGUUGAGGAAGCUUCCUUCCCGCAUCGUGUAAUACGUUCCAAAGGUUGCCGUAGUGAGGAGGACAGAAACGAGCACAUAUAUCCAGAUCAUCGGACUGCUGAUGAUUCUACCGGUCACAGAGUCCAUGUCGAAAAAGUUCAUUCCAAAGAAGGUCUAUCGCAACAGUCCUUAGUCAGCUGCGACAGUUUUUUUAUUAAGUACAUUUGUCGCCGAGUCCCCGGGAAAGACGGGAGAAAGGCUUUUACUCACAGCUAUAAAAGAAGGCGGCAAGUAGAGU